AUAACAGCUGACAAUAUGAGCAACAAUGACACAACAUGCAACAAGAUAGAGCAUGUUCUACAUUACCGCCACAUCUACUCAUUCAGCUCUAGUCAACACUGCCUCCCCUGCCUUGCUCAUAUUCUUAAUCUCACUAUUGUUGCUAUUAUGUCUGUCAUCUCUCUCAUCGCUGCUGUGGAAACUACUACUGCAAUCUGGGAAUUUGAUCCC